AUGCAGUCAGCCAAGAACUUCUACAACCGCCAGUACGAGUCGUGGGUGCCAUGGGCUGAGGACAAGUAUCUGGCAUGGAUGGGACAGAACAAGACCAGCUACGUUGCCAAAGGCGAGAUGGAUAAGACCAAGAUCACUGGCGACAAGAACGUCGAUGCCAUCCAGGAUGGCGUGAAUGAAGGUGUCACUGGGCAAUUGGGUAAGGGCGGUGUGCUUGAGGGUGUUGGCAACUUGACGAGCAAGGAAGUGUUUACCAGAAGCGAGCGAGGUGGAAAGAACGAGAGCGGCAAGCACGGUUUGUGA